AUGUUCUGCGACCCCUGCGACGACGCCGACGAGCUCCACGGCCACCACCACUACCUCGACAUCUGCUUCCGCUGCCGGAAACUCCUUUCCGGCAACAGAGACAUCUUCAUGUACAGAGGUGACAUGCCGUUCUGCAGCGAGGAGUGCCGGCAGGAGCAGAUCGAGAUCGACGAGGCGAGGGAGCAGCGGCUGAAGCAGACGGGGCUGGCCGAGCAGCAGCGGCAACGGCAGCUGAAGCAGAGCCCCCAGAGGAUCCCCAUCUGGGCGUGGUGA